AUCAAAAGCGUGUGAUUCUUUUCCGAAUGAAAGCGCACGUAGACACCGGCAGCGGAGUAUAUACACGGAUACUUUAGUUUUCACUUUUGCAAGGAUUCUAUGCACUUAUUUAAGAAGAGUGCGUUCACGAUGAAUGUGGGAACAUAUCCUUUAGGGGUCAGCACCCAUGCUGUGGCCCUACUGAGGAAGUUAAAUUUUCAGAGAAUGGAGGGGCAAUUUUGUGACUGUGUGAUUCGACAACAUCUGAACCCGGUGAAACUCUAUCUGGCCCACAAAAAUGUCCUGUCAGCUUCUAGUCCCGUCUUGGCUUCCCUUCUCCCCAGUAAAGGUGCACUGCUGGACUUGCAGUUUCCAUCCCUUUCAACUGAAAUUCUGGGGUCUCUUUUGGAAUUUAUCUACACUGGGACACUACCCCCACCAGAUCAGGAUGAAUCUAUUCUCUCUGCUGCUACUUAUCUGAAAAUGGAUGAACUACAGAAGGCUUUAAUAAGAAGGAGCACACUGAACACAUCAUCUGAGUCUGACUGCACUGUUGCAGAUAUAAAACCCAAUCUAAAGAGGAAAUGCUCAGAUCAGCAGCAAAACAAGAAGAAUGAACAUUCUCCACCGCAGUGUAGCUCAACCCCUCUAAGUUGUGAAGUCGUCCCCGUCAUAUGCCAUGUCAGCACAACUGGAAAGCCUUCUCUAUUGUCAGAAUCCAGACCUGAAAGCAGAAAAUUGAACAGUGAGUCUGACGUGACCAUAAAGGAAGCAGGAGGCAGUGAACGAAAGGUGACACUUGGUCAUGGACACAAUUUAAAGCACUAUGGAUUACAAACGGAUGAUAAUUAUGAGGCAGCUUUAUAUGAGUCACAACCAAAACAAAGCAAGAUUUUAUCUGGCAGUGCAUGCUCCAAUGUCCAGGAUCUGCCCAUGGCUGCCCCAGAGGAUGCAGCAUAUUACACAGGAAGGCAUCAAAGGGAGUUGGAUGAAAAAUCUGUAUUACAAAGUUCUGGGAAUGCCAUCCUGACACAUACUGCUGUAUGUUCAGAAAUUGGUGAGGAGGAUGAUACUGAAAAAAACACAAAUCAGGAAUUUACAUCUCACUUCAAUACUUCAAGUCAUUACUCCAGGAUUCAAAGUUGUCCUCACUUAGAUACAACUUCCAAAUGUAGUGAUAACGAAGGGGUAACUACAAUAGAUCAGUUAGAGUCAAACAAAGAGAAAGGUUCUAAAUGCCACCCCACACGGCAAUUUGAAAAUAUUUCAGAUGCUGAUGAGUACAUCCCUGAUAAUGCCAUAGAAAACACCCCUAAGGGUAAAUUAAAGGAUUUAUGGAGUUCAAUGAUCACCAGUGGAUAUUGUCCCCAGGACGACGAAACAAAAUGCUUUCAGAGUGCUUCUAGAUUAAAUCUAUGGACUGAGGCAACGAGCUACUCUACACUAAACCCCAAAAUAUCUGAGGAGGUAACCUCAAACGAGAGCAGAUGUGAUAUCAAGGGCAGUAACACUAACACCAACGAAAUGGAAACAUAUCAAGGACAAGUUCGCUAUCACUAUCUUGCAAGGGAAAAACAUCACCCUGUACAAUCAAGUGACUCGGACGACGAUGGUCUGUAUAGUGCCAUGGCUAACUCUGACCUCCGAGGAGGCCUUGGCAUAAAUGUCAAAGCCAGCACCUCAGAUUUUGUUUUACUGGACAUUUCAGCCAAACAUCCUUUGGCAGGGUACCCUGACUCCAAUGGGAGUGUGGGUGUGCCUGCAUCUGCCUCUGUCCAGCCUUACCAGUGCACUAUGUGUGAUAGGGCCUUCAGCCAGCGAGGCUCCCUCAACAGACACAUGCGCUCCCACCUGGGAGUUAGGCCCUACUCAUGCCCCCAGUGUCCCAUGACCUUCUCCAGACAGUACCGGGUCACUGAGCACAUGCGUGUCCACCAACGGGGCUGCGAGGACCUUCAGAGGACAGGCCCCACCUGAUGGCAACAACAAUCAAAGCAAUGGAGCUUCAGCUGAAAAUCCUACACAACUUUGGAAUUAGGUCAGGGCUACGGCUUGUUCAACCCUAUCAAGAUCAGUUUGUGAGAUAGAGUUGAUCAGGGUUCAAGCCACUUGUGAACUGUAUCCAAAAACCUUUGGGAAAGCGCUUUUGGUAUGAUAGUCUGUGCUACCAGCCAUUUGAUGAAAAGGAAAUGCUUUCAGAUGUUCUCUGUCACUUCAAAAACAAUUUGAGAAAGCACCUUUUGGCAUUAGUUUGUCAUUUGAUGAAGUGAAAAUGAAUCAUCAAGAUGGAUUUGUCUUAUACCCUAUUUCAAGUGGCCUUAUAUUCAUGGGUUGCACAUUUCGUCACAAUAUUGUUUUGAACGUUAGUUUUAGAUCAGAUGCCCAGCUGAACAUUCUACUCAAUGCAGUCUCAAUGGGUGUUGAGAAAGAUUUUGUCUAAAGUGCAUUACAUUGGCUUGGAAACAUGACAUUUCAAAAGGAGGCAAAUAAUUAGCAGGGCAGACCUUUGUCAUCAUUGUGAUGUCUUCAGAUUGACUUUAGAUACAGUAUAACUUUAGGUAGCUAGCUAAGAUUGAGGGGAGAGCACUGACAUUCUAGCCAGCUAACAUUAGCAUUGCUAGCUACAGUGCCUUCAGAAAGU